AUGUUGUUAGGCGUCGAGGCCGGGCCGGAGGAGAGGGCUCGAAUGGGCUGUACCAUGGCCGGGGGCAAGGUGCAACAUCUACCCGCCCGGCCGCGUCUUGGCCAGACAAAGCCAAGCACAAGCGUUGGACGGCAGCCUGUACGCUUGACGACGUCGGCAUUGCAAGUGGCCUCCGGGAGCGGCAUGUCUCAGAACGGGGGUCUGGCGAGACAAGGCCCAACAGGGGCGGUAUCCUUCGCGUCUGAAGCGGAAGCUUACAGGGUCCAAGGUGGUGGAGUGCGUGUGGGCCAGAGCUCGAGAGCGGGUCGAGCUUGGCAGCUGCAUGCUGCGUGCUGCACGCUCAUGGAUCGCCGUACGGUUAGCAUGGCGACGUUGCUCGCUUGCUGCCUCGAGUUGAGCCCACCCAGCCACGCAUGCACACAUGCACGCCCCCUCGAGACCCUCAUGCGCGCCAACGUCCCUCUUAAGGUCGCGCAUUCAUCCGUCCUUCCUAUCGUAUCGUCCGCUCUAGCCACGCAUCGAGCUGCUUCUGGCGCUGUCAUCACGAUGACUUCGGCAAGCAUGCGCAGGCUGCCCAUGCGGAUGAUGGAGCAUCACGCGCCGCAGGAUGAGAACGCCAUGCCAGCAGGCAUGUGCGCUCUCCAGGCUGCCGCUUCCGUCUCGCCAUCGCGCGUCACCAAAUCGGCGCACACCCGCUCGCCCAGCAAGAUGCCCACGCUCAGCGACAUCGCAGCACGCCUCAACCUCGACAGGGACGCCGCCACGCCCACCACGUCGCCAGCCAAGCAGCUGCUCGCCAGCCCCGCCGACGCAGCACGUCCCAGGCUCGAGCUCACCGGCAGAAUCACGGGCUCUCCCAGGCCACUCGAGCUCGCCGACCGCAAGAGCCCGCUCAUCGCCUCGCCCACCAAGCUCGACAGCGAUGCAGCAGUGUGUCUCUCACCCACGGCGCCGUCGUCGGGUGCGUGCUCGCCCACCAAGCGCAUGCUCGCCAAGGGGCUACCGAGUCUAGAGGAGAUCCGCGAUCGCAUGUCGCGAAAGGGACUGUCGGUGUCAGCAGAAGGCGGCAGCCCCAAUCUGCCUUGUACGCCUCCGUCGCCCACCAAGCAGGCUGUCGAUACCAAGCCGAGCACCGCAGAGCCAGAGAAGCAGCCGACAUCCAAGGUGGCGCCUAGCAAGCCGGCUCUCCAGCUCGCCACGCACACAGCGCCGCUGCACAAGCCGAGCGCGAUGGUCGCCUCAAGCUCGGUGAGCGCCACCAAGUAUCCGCUGCAGCACGAAUGGACGCUGUUCUUUGAUUCGCGUGCCGGCGGUCCGCCCACGCCCGGAGUGGGGCCGGAGGCUGUGCCGCCGACCACGCCCGUGCUGAGCACGUCGUCGUGGGAGGCGAGUCUGCGCACCAUCGGCACGUACGCAGCGGUGGAGACGAUGCUCGGCUGCUUUUCCAAGCUGCAUCGACCGUCGCAGCUGGAGCGCCAUACGAGCUACCACCUCUUCAAGGACGGCAUCAAGCCCAUGUGGGAAGACGCACGCAAUGCCAACGGCGGCAAGUGGACCAUCACGUUUCGUCAGCGCAAUCCGGCGCUCGUCGAUCGCACCUGGCUCUGGCUCGUGCUGGGUCUGAUUGGAGAAGAGCUGGAUGGCGACGAUGAGGCGUGUGGCGCCGUGUGCAGCGUCAAGCCGCGCGGCGAUCGGAUUGCGCUCUGGAUGCGUGACCGCUCCGAUACGGAGAAGGUGAACCGCAUGGGUAGGAAGCUCGUGGCGCUGCUCGAGAUCGGCAAGGAACCAGGGAUGUUGGUCGAGUUUUCGGCCCACUCGAGUCGAGAUGACAAGCAGGAGGGACUGUUUAGCGUCAACAAUGCCGUUCAGCAGCUGAGGACGCCGACGGUGACCACGUUCAAUGCGGCAGCAGCAGGGCUUCCCGAAGCUCCGCAUCGAUUCGCCUCGGCCUCACCCACCGCCUUCGCCAGUCCCGCUUCGCCCAACAGACACGCUUUUCGUCCACCGCCCAGCCCGGGCGCAGACACUUUGGGCUCCGGUCAGUUCGCUAGGCUGGCCGGCCAAGCAGGCUCGUCGGGCUCAGCCGCCAUGUUCGGUCGCUCCCCCAACGGCCCCAACGGUGGCGGUGGCUUUGGAGCACUGGGCCAGUCGCUCGGUCUUGGGCUGGGGAUUGGCGUCAAUACGUCGCCCAGCCUCUCGCCGAGUCCCAACGAGGCCAAGAGGAGCGACGCAGGUGCAGCCAUGUCGUGGCGAUCCAACCGCACCACCAGCCCCACUCGGCAAUCAACCACCUCGCCCUCCAAGGCCACAUGA